AUGCACCCAACGAACGUUUCCACGAAAUGUCAUUCGCCAUUGCGGAAUACCUGUCAUAUAUAAGAUAAAUAUCUUCCUGACCGACAUUUGCGGGAAAGCAAGCAAAAUCACGUAAAUUAGACAGAAUAGAAUGCCUCAUUUCCUCCGAUCAAUUGAUCCCUUCAUACCAUCAUUUUGGGGCCAAUUUCACGGGGUUCAAGCUACAAGUUUUUGUUUAUAUGUUUUCGUUGGAAAGGUGAUGUCAAAAUUUUUGGGUAUUUUAAAAUGCUUGAGCCACUGUUGAUGCUUACAUUUUUAAAUUGUUUUUUCAUGUUCAGUACGACACUUACAACGUGCGCAUUAUGGUUACAACAUAGAAGGAAUGAUUGCUGUAUGGAUACUACCAAACCUUCAUCGAUGAGGAGAGAGAAACUAAAGGAAAGACUCAAAAGUGAGAUCCUUAGGAGUAAAAUGAGUCUCCAGAAAUUCGAAGCCAAGUUAGUUGAGAGGAAAGGUAACAUCUCUACAUCGAAGGAGGAGAAACUGAAAGUGGAGUCAGGCACAAAACCAGUUGAAUCAGAAACAAAAUCUUUUGGAGUAAUGGCUCAACCAGACCGGAAAGAUACCCACCAGCAGUUGGAAUCCACCUGCUGCGGAAAACUAACAUCCAUCGAAGACUGCACCAAGAAAACUCAUAGAUCAGCAUCACGAGGUUCAAAUCAGAAAUCAACAGUAUUGAUGCAGGUCUCCACGAUUCAGAAAGUCGUCCAAAUGAUCGAUAAGGAGAAGAAUCUAUCGAAGCACUCAGUACCGAGUAAUUGCGUGUCAUAUCGAGUGCCACCGGAUGCAGAAAGACGUAUUGAGUUUAUCAUGCGGAACAAAUCUGACGAAAAUUCAGAUUGCAAUGCGUAACACAUAAGUCGGGUCAACUUGACGUGAUUCAUUACUGCUGAUUAAUAUGAAAUUGAGUGUCACAAUAUUUAAAAAAAACUUUCGGUCAUUGUUGUACCAUUUCCGAUGAAACCACAUUUUCAUAAACUCGAAUUUUGGUCAUUCUAUUCACUAUUCUACUUGAGACGCAAUCGUUAAUUUAUUCUCACUAAUUUAUUUCGAAAAUUUUAUUUUGGAAUUUAUUUUGAUUUUAUUGAUGACUGAUUUCAGCGGAAAAUAUCAAGA